CGUUCAAAUUUCAUCUUGAUUUUAGAUGAAGAGUUUGUGUACUAUGGAUCUUCUGGAUUGUCCGAUAUGCCUCUUUCUUAUGCGUGAACCGGUGACGAUGAGUUGCGGUCACUCAUUUUGUCGGAGAUGCCUGGGCGCUUGUCUGCCAUCAAGGUGUCCAGCCUGCAAGGAGAAAUUAAAACAGACAGAUGCAAAAAACACUAAGAACAACGUUUUGCUUUUGAGCAUCAUCGAGAAAUGCUGCCCCGAAGAGACGAAAAUAACAUGCCACAUACAAGAAAAGCUGAAAACUGGCGCAUUUACAGAAGCGCUCCGGAUUGCGGAUGACGGGAUAGAUAUCGCUCCUGGAGACGCGAGCCUGAAGGUGUGGCGGGUGGAGGCCAGCAUAGGGUUGCGACGUUUCUCUGACGCCCUGCGGGACCUGGAAGAACUGUGCUACGCCCGGCCCAACUGGACCGAAGGUUUCUUCCAGAAAGGGAAUGUGCUUCUCGAGAUGGGAAGGAAGACAGAAGCUCUUUUGCAGUUCUACCACUGUCUGAAGCAGCAGGCCGACUUUGCUCCCGCAGAGGACCAGAUUAAGAAGAUCUUGGAAGCGGAGGGGAUAGACAUGCCAGAGGAGGUCCCGUGCAUCCUGCACUUGGUGGCGAGGUACCUGCGGGACACCUGCCCCGUCUCACACUCCCUGGGUGUCUCUCUCACUGAGGUCCAGCCGUGCCUCCACAACCAGGCGGGUGACUACCAGCAGAAAACUCCGCCUGAGGACACCCAGGGGGACAGACGUGAGUGUUGCUUGAACCUCUGCCAGGGUGUGUCUUUCCUCCCGGCGGCUGAGGAUGACGCGGCGCGAGCGAUGAAGAGGGGCAGGCUGACGAGAGACCAAUGUGCUGUGGAUCGGAGUUCCUCCCUUGGUGUUCUCACUGUGGCUGACUUUGAGUGUCCUCUGUGCAUUAGGCUGUUCUACGAGCCCGUCACUACCCCCUGUGGUCACGCCUUCUGUAAGGCCUGCGUGGAGAGGAGUCUGGACCACACCCACCGCUGCCCGCUGUGUAAGCAGCCCCUGCAAGAGUUUUUUAAGAACAGGAAGUACAGCCCCACGGUGCUGUUGCAGGAGAUCGUGAUGCGUCUGUUCCCACAGCAGCUGGCGGAGAGGACGCAGGUGCACGACGCCGAGCUGGCCGAACUCUCCAACUUGACCAAGGACAUUCCGAUCUUCGUGUGCACGGUGGCAUACCCAGGCAUCCCCUGCCCACUUCACGUCUUCGAGCCGCGCUACCGACUGAUGAUGCGUCGCUGUAUGGACACCGGCACCAAGAUGUUCGGCAUGUGCACCUAUGAGCACGGAAAGGGUUUUGCCGACUAUGGUUGCAUGCUGGAGAUCCUGGACCUGGACCUGUUGCCGGAUGGCCGCUCCUACGUGGACACGGUGGGGGGCAGACGCUUUCGUGUGAUCCGCAGGGGCCAGCGAGACGGCUACCACACGGCCGACAUCGAGUACCUGGAAGAUCACAAGACGGAUGGGGCGGAGCUUGAAAUGUUGCAGCAUCUCCAUGACAGCGUGUACCAGCAGGCGCGGGAGUGGUACGUCCGCCUCAACAGCCACGUCCGUGAGCAGAUCGGCCGGCAGUACGGAGCCAUGCCGGACAGAGAGGAUGACAUCCAGGCCUCUACCAAUGGGCCAGCAUGGUGUUGGUGGCUUCUGUCGGUAUUGCAGUUAGACCCUGCCUACCAAACCACAGUUCUGUCACUCACAUCUCUAAGAGAACGCCUGGGACACCUUCGUAUUGUGCUGGAAUACUUCUCCCAGAGCUAAACCACACACGUAUGCGCAUACACCACGGGACUACCUGUUUGUUUCUUGGGCUGAACCUCACACCAGACACGUUUCAACAGACACCUUUCUCUACAUCCAGGAAACCAUAUCUCCUAGAAACAGCCUCGGUGUAAAAACACAUCCCGUUAUUUUUGCUGUAUUGCUAAAUAUACUGUAUAAUUACGUCUAAGCAUGUAUUGUACUGAAUUUCAAAAUAUUAUUGAUUGUUGAAUGAUUGUAUUUCCUUCUGUUGUUGUUGGGGGUCUUGGUAACAUAUGAACACUGGGCAGUUAGUCGAGAUUGGCUAAACAAAAUAGACUUCCAUGGACAGGACACCAGUGAAUCCCGGUGUGUUUAUCGUUUGCCUCAAGAUCCACUACCACUGCGUACAGCGUUCACUGCUCACAGCAACGCUCCAUCCAACCCAAGAGGGUGUGUCCCUAGCUGGGUUUACUCUAAGGACACACCCUCAGACCUUACCAGGCUGAAAACGUCCUGCUGAGUUUAGCCAUGAAAAAGAAAAGAUGAGGUAUGGCGCCAUUUUGGAUCUGUUUGUCGCUGGCUGGCGUCUUGAAACGUCAGGAGAUCCAGCGCUCUCAUGCUGAGACUGUCCAGGAGAUCCAGCGCUCUCAUGCUCAGACUGUCCAGGAGAUCCAGCGCUCUCAUGCUCAGACUGUCCAGGAGAUCCAGCGCUCUCAUACUGAGACUGUCCAGGAGAUCCAGCGCUCUCAUGCUCAGACUGUCCAGGAGAUCCAGCGCUCUCAUGUUGAAACUGUCCAGGAGAUACUGUGCUUUGAAGGAGGCGGUGCAUUGAAUGAAAUGCAUUCCACGAUGUGAUCUUUCAUGAGCAGAGCCUUGAAAUUCUGCCAAAAAUUCAACUUUAGUACAAAAAUGUGUAAAGAAGGUGUGAGAGUGCAGUAAUGGCUGUAGGGAAUAACCUUAAAAACCCCUCACCUCAGAGGCACCUUCAGAGUCCCUCUCAAGCUCUGCUUGCUUCUGCUUUAAAGCCAAGCAUUAAAAUAUCUCAUUCAGUGUAUGUGCGCUGGCCCAGAGAGAGGGAAUAGAAGCGUGAGGUGUGCAGAAUACAGACAAGGGCUGAACGCAGCCACAAUUGUCGUGGUUGGAGACGUCCCAAGGCUGCAGUAAGCCCUGCUUUGGGGUCAGCUGAGCUUUCAGAUCUCUGGAUAUCUGAAUGGGAUUAGUGCCCUUGGCUCUUAAACCUUAAUCUGGAUGCUAGGAUGCGCUGUCUGUACUGUGUCCUGAACUUUUCUUUCUUUGUGUGGAAUGUUAGCUAUGUGCUCUGAUAUUAGCAUGAAAUGACAUAUGAUGUUUUGCUUCGAGGCACAAAGAAGAAGAAGAAAUUGUCUGUUUCUUACCAUGAAAUUUGUACUAUAGUUUUUCUUUGUUUUAAUACAUUUCAGAUUCAUUCUUUGCUUAAAAAAUGUGUUAUUGCCAUGAUGUUAUAGUCCUAACCACCACUUGCCUUGGGACAGUGCCUUUUCUGCACAGUGCUUGAGUUAGCGUUUGUGGAUAUGAGCAGAAACCAUAAUGAUGUGCUUGAAUAAGUGUGUAUCUGGGACCUUGAAACAGAACUGCUCUGGAAAUUUGACCCUGUUUUGUUAAUGUAGGAACCUGCUCGACUGGGCUGCAGGUUGUAGUCGUUUCUACCAAGCACGAAUAAUAAAAGGAUGGUAGUUUGA